GUCCAGCCAAAAGUGAAAGAAGAAGAAGAAGAAGAAGACGGCAGUGACGGCACCACCGGCACCAUUCCACGACGUCGUUUGAUGUCGUGUCUGUACAAUUGUGCGUAACUUGGCACAGAUGUUCAAAUAAUGGUUUCUGUAACAUUUUUACAUCCCGAUUUGGGAAUUGGUGGUGCUGAACGGCUCGUCGUUGAUGCCGCUUUGGCUCUCAAAAGCAAAGGACAUAAGGUUAAUAUUGUUACCACUCAUCAUGAUCCUAAACAUGCGUUUUCCGAGACUACGGAUGGCACGAUACCGGUCAUCGUCGUUGGAGAUUGGUUGCCGCGACACGUAUUUGGAAAAUUGUUCGCGCUUUGUGCAUAUUUACGAAUGACAUACGCAGCCAUUUGUAUAUACUUUCUGGGUCUCGAGCCAGACAUGGUAUUUUGUGACUUGGUGUCUGUAUGCAUACCAAUUCUGCGUCUAUUUGUCAGUCAGGUCAUAUUCUACUGUCACCAUCCGGACCAGUUGUUGACAGAUAGCAAAGGUCGCUGGAAGUCAUUGUAUCGAAUGCCUUUGAACUACUUAGAAGAGGUGACAACAGGCAAAGCGGACAAAAUAUUUGUAAACAGCAUUUACACACAAAUAGUGUUCAAGAAAACCUUCAAGACGUUGGAGGUUGAGCCAGAAGUACUUUAUCCUUCGAUAAACACAAAAUUCUUUGACGAAACACAGUCUAUAAACUUGAGUGAAGUUUUGGACGGGGAUUUGCCUGAAGGAGCAAUCGUACUUCUGUCCAUAAAUCGAUAUGAGAGGAAGAAAAAUUUGUCCUUGGCGAUCCAAGCGCUGGCCGAUCUUGGAAAAGUAUUGGACACUGAUGUUUACAAUAAAGUUUAUCUCGUGAUGGCCGGUGGGUAUGACAAAAGAGUGGAUGAAAAUGUGGAGCACCAUUUGGAGCUUGUGCAACUCGUGGACCAAUUGGACCUCAACGAUAAAGUCAUUUUUCUCAAAUCGCCUUCGGACGUUGCCAAAGUUUCUCUCCUUGUUAAUUGUACCCUCUUGAUUUAUACGCCUAUCAACGAACAUUUUGGUAUAGUUCCUCUCGAAGCGAUGUACUGCAAAAAGCCUGUGAUUGCUCAGAACUCGGGUGGCCCCACUGAAUCCAUAGUUGACGGUCAAACUGGUUACCUUGUUGGACCUUCUUCCAAAGAGAUUGCUGAUCGAAUAGCGAUGCUCUUGAACAAUAAACAACUAUUAAUCUCUUUUGGCGAGGCUGGGUACAAAAGAUUCUGUGAAACAUUCAGCUUCCAAGCAUUCACCAAAAAGCUCCAUACAGCCGUGUACAAUCUCAGCAUGGGAACAAUUAUUCGACAACUGAAUGCUAACAUGGACAAAACCAUGGGGCAAUUCAAAACUGCUAUGAACAAUCUAUAGUUUUCCAUAGCUGAAAAAUCCUAUAUAAGUUUUAAAACGAUCUAUUGGUCGGUAAGAGAUAGCUUUAAAGAAGAUGAACGGUUUUCUCCUGUAAUUUAAAAAAAAAAGGAAAGUUAUUUAGUUAUUGAAAUGUUUUUUACUUCCAUACUAAAUACAGAAGUCUUGCAUUUGCAUAUUUUUUAGGGUUAAUUCAAUGUACGAAACGAUAAAACGGUAGUCUCGAUUGAUAAAUCGUUUCAUCGACUUACAGUUAUCGAACCCGCAAACGGAACGAUCUUAUUUUGUACUUUUUGCUUUCAACUUUAUUCAGCUUAUCAUACACUCAUUUAUUUUUUUUUCAAAGGUAAUUGAGUUCUGUUUCAUAUUUUCGCGUAUUGAACUGAGAAUUCCGCUCACGUAUGAUGGUAACGUUGAACAUACGAUAACGUGUAAGAGAAGAGUAAGAAGAGAAAAAUAAAAUAUAUAUUUGAAUGAUUAUUGAA